GAUGACAACAAAUAUGGCGGAGAGGAGCAGGACGGCAGAGACGGGUAUUGCCAUAGGAAGUGAUGAUAUCAUAGCAGGGAAUGUGAGCAAGUUCACUGUUCUCCCACCUGGCUAUUGUGGACAGCUUAAAAAAGGACAUCUUAUAUUUGAUGCCUGUUUUGAAAGUGGUAACCUUGGACGGGUGGACCACAUCACAGAGUUUGAGUAUGACCUGUUCAUUAGACCAGAUACCUGUAACCCACGCUUUCGAGUUUGGUUCAACUUCACUGUUGAAAAUGUAAAAGAAUCACAGAGAGUAAUUUUCAAUGUCGUCAACUUCAGUAAAACAAAAAGCCUCUACAGAGAUGGGAUGGCUCCUAUGGUGAAAUCCACAAGCAGACCAAAAUGGCAAAGAAUACCCUCUAAAAAUGUGUAUUAUUAUCGCUGCCCAGACCACAGGAAGAACUAUGUCAUGUCAUUUGCUUUUUGCUUUGACCGAGAGGAUGACACUUACCAGUUUGCUUACUGCUACCCCUACACCUAUACUCGCCUUCAGCACUAUCUUGACAACCUACAAAGGAGGAACAUGGACUACUUUUGCAGAGAAUUGCUAGGACUCAGCGUGCAGAAACGGCAGCUUGACCUCCUGACAAUAACCAGCCCCGUGAACCUGCGUCCAGGGGCUGAACAGAAAGUGGUGUUCAUCACUGCACGAGUCCACCCUGGGGAAACACCAUCUUCCUUCGUGUGCCAAGGUAUAAUUGAUUUCCUUGUGAGCCAGCAUCCUAUUGCAAAAGUACUGAGGGAUCAUCUGGUCUUCAAGAUUGCACCCAUGCUCAAUCCUGAUGGAGUAUACCUGGGAAAUUACAGGUGCUCCCUGAUGGGGUUUGAUUUAAACCGGCACUGGGCAAAUCCAUCUCCCUGGGCUCAUCCCACACUGCACGGAGUGAAACAGCUCAUCAUUGAGAUGUACAACAAUCCGAAGAUUAACCUGGAGUUCUAUAUCGACAUCCAUGCCCACUCCACCAUGAUGAAUGGGUUCAUGUAUGGGAACAUCUUUGAAGAUGAGGAAAGAUUUCAGCGACAGGCUGUUUUCCCCAAGCUACUCUGUCAAAAUGCUGAAGACUUCUCUUAUUCCAGUACAUCGUUCAACAGAGACGCUGUGAAAGCAGGGACAGGCCGGCGUUUCCUGGGUGGGCUGUUAAAUGAUACGUCCUACUGCUACACUCUGGAAGUCUCAUUCUACAGCUACAUAUUGGAUGGACCUACUACUGCUGUCCCCUACACAGAAGAAGCAUAUAUGAAGCUUGGAAGAAAUGUGGCCAGGACAUUCUUGGAUUACUACAGGCUGAACUCCUUGGUGGAGAGACCACUAGCGCCUACUCCUAAAACUCGGAAGGAAAAACUGCCGCUUUUUAAAUGCACUACCCCGCGGGGCCAAGGGAACGGCCAUGCUGGUGGCAAGCCAGAGAAGAGGAGCCAGAUGCACCUGAAGGACCAGUCUCUCUCCAAGCGAUGAGAGAAGAGAAGAGGAGAGCUGGUCUGCGGGGCGAGGCGGAGGAGCACGUCAGGGGCUGGAACUGAUGAUGUUUCUUUUUUUUUUUUUUUUUUUCCCCAGACAAGUAUUUCUAAGAUAACAAAUAGCCCACGGGGGAAAGAGGGAGAGGGAAAUUAGCCAGAAAUUUUACUAUUGAUUCUUUUUUAUUUAUAGAUGGUAAAUCAAUUUCAGGGCCUUUUUUUCUUUUUUCUUUUUUUCCUUCAUCUUUGGGGGGGGAAAAAAAAAAAAGAGUGACCCAAUAGGUUUACAAAAAUCAUUUGCGGGGGCUGAAAAGCUAUUUGUUAAGAUGAGAAAGCCUCCCCUCCCUCCACCAGGCUCGCUCUCUCUCUUUAAAGGGGUAAUCCAUACGAUGAGCUAAUGAGGGAGUCCUGGCUCCCCUGCUGCACCAUGUGAUGUCUCCCCUUUUAGUGUCAGGCUCAGAAGCUCUUAUGCCAAUUGCAUGUGCUAGCCCUGUUAGCUUGCAUUAAGAGAGCCUGAUAAAUAGCUUCUGGGAGUCAGGCAGGCGCUCCUCAGUGUGCCGUUUAUCAUCCGCUGCAUGGUUAGGUUUUUUCGCUCUUCUAUCAGAUCAUUUGAGGAAAGGGGUCAAAUGAGAAAUGUUGCUGUCAGGCUGCAGGUGUGAAACUCGCUGCAGGACCUGUCUAAGAGGCAGGAACCGUGGUCCUCCAGCAAAAACUGGUUGGGGUCUAGGAAGACUGGACUUCCCAACAGAUGUACGGCUGAGGCAGCGUGAGGUAGGGGGGAGUGCUGAAAGAGGUGAACAGUGUUGUGCCACUACCCUAAGAGGUCCCAAGCAAAACCUCACCACCUUCCCGUUACACGGACAGCAGGUGAAGUCUCUGCUCGAAGCCACUGUCACUAGGCAGUCUUGUCUCCUGUGUUGUGUGACUAAUUGAAACUUCUGCCGGUGAUGCAGAUUUGAAGCACGAGGCCAGAGGUUCUCAAACUGGAGAGUAAAAGAGGGUGACCCUGAGGGGAGUCCACGUGUCUCCCAGGGAAUGGGAAAGGAGAGUGCAUUUAGAAGUGCCUCUUGCCAAUCCUUCAGAAGCCUUGGGAAGCAGCUUCUCUUCACUGUCUUCUGCUAGGAGUUGGGCUGCAAUGGUGGCUUGGAGGAAAGAAGUUGCCAGGACCCACUGGAACAGGGCAGGCACUGGAACAGCCUGCCCAGGGAGGUGGUCGAGUCACCAUCCCUAGAGGUAUUUAAGAAACGUCUAGAUUUGGCACGUCAGGGCAUGUUCUAGUGGCAGAAAUUGUAGGUUGUUUGGUUGGACUCGAUGAUCUCAAAGGUCCUUUCCAACCAUGAAGAUUCUAUGAUUUUAUGGAUAGAGAGAAAGGAUGAACCAGACUGAGGGUGAAGACAGAUGUCUGAAACAAGACUGAAUGAGCUCUUCUUGGUGUGGGUAACCCUGAAGAAGUAAUAGUCCCAGACACUCUGUUCUCUAGUAAAAGAGCUGGGUUGGUUGCUCCUCUCCUCUUUCCCAGGACUUGAGCUCCACGUCAUCUAGGAACAGAGUCAGACUCAGCUGGGUCCUCACACUGGCCUGUGUGAGAGAAGAACACAUCCUGUGGAUAAAUUAAAAGGUAUGAGAAAAACUGAGAAUUACAGGCUAAAAUAGACCUUCCAGGUAAUUUAAAUUUACUGUUCCCUUGUGAAAGUACUCCCUGAUUCUUCAGCAAUGGAGACCUGGCUACAAGGCCUGAACGUGACUAACACUGAGCCAAGGUGUGAUCCUAAGAAGAACUGAAAGCAGCUUGGGUUGCAUUCAUGCAGCCAGGAAGCUAGAAGGCCCUCAUGUACGCUUAUCUGUCUUUGAAUACGGUUCCCAUAUCUGUAUCUCGAUGGAUAAAAGAGAGUUCAGUGUAAGGUCCUUGAUCUCCUUUCCAUACGAGUAAAUACCGAGCAAGCAGGGUCAAUGCUGAGGUCUGCAUUCUGUGUCUUGGGAACUCUCAUGCACUUCUGGAGCCCCACCACAACAGGCCUCCUGGGAGCCACUGGCACAUGGUUGCCAUCUGGUUAGCAUUACUGCAGCCAGGAAGAGUGAGCAGGUACAAGCCAGGACAAAAACUUGGCUUUGCAUGCCAAGGACAAGCUACUCAGGAUCUGACAAAACUUGAGCUGAUUGUGUCUGUGCAUUAGCCACCCAUUAGCUGGGCUUUCAUUAGUUAGUAUCUGUCUGAUAAGGGGAAUUUUGUUGAAAACAAGAAAGAGAUAUCCCACUGGAAGGCAAAUGACUUAAAACUCCAAGCGGACCUGAUAUUGUCAGUAUUUCAAGGUGAGGGGGUUAAACUGUGCACUUUUUUUAGGGAGAAUAAAAUGCCUUCAUAUGAUGAAUUCCAAGGCAUCCAAAAGGCACAGUGCUGGCUCUCUGUCUCCAAAAGCAGAGUAAUGAAUAGCAGUGACAGUGUGAUAAUUAAAAUGACCUCUUGGAGAUAUGGAUUAGAAGGUACGCAGAGGGGGGAUAAGUUCUCCUUUGAAUUAAUCUAGUGCUAAUUUAUGACUAUCGUUGGGUUUUAUAGGGUUUUAGUGGAAGACCUUCAGAGUUGGUUUACUGGGGUGCUAAUGUUCCUUCUGCAUAUUCAUUGGAAAAACACUUGCAGAAUUCCUCAUUAUGUCUUUUUGAAUGAUUCUAUAUAUACACAUAUAUAUAUAUAAAAUGAGAAAGUUUCAGGUAUUUGCUUAGCUGCUAAAGAGUCUACUCUAGA